AUGACAACGAAAAGCUUUUUAAAGGCUCGGUUCACUGCCGCGCUGGCACAUAAACAUGGCGCAGCGACCAAGACGGUUGUGACCAACUCCCUCGAAGAGGUGGAGUCAAGAUUGAAAGAAAACAAGCAAGUUAAUAAGCCCUCUAAUCGAGCGGAGUCAAAUAGUGCUGGCGAGGUAAAGGGUACGCUCGUCCGCGAAACGGCUUUAACUGAAGAAGAUUUGAAGGGUUUGAUUAUUAAGAGAGAGAAGCCAGGCAAACCUGCUGCUGCAAAGAAAUUCAUUGACAAGAAGCCAAGUGCGAGAGUGAUCGGCGUUAACUUGCUCGAAGAGCUAUAUAAGAACGAACAGGUCGGAAAGGUUCUGGCGACCAAGGAUUCCACUACCACCGCCACUGGUAAGCCAGUUUAUUGUGACACACUGGUAUAG